CGGAACAGAGGGAACACGACGGCCCGCAGUGUAGGCAUCAGGGUGAGCUGGCUGCUUACGGCUGCUGCGUGUGGGGAAUUUAGUUAUUGGAUUUCUGAUCUGAAUGUUGGCGACGCAAGUGUAAUAGUUCUUCGAUCAGACCCAUAUUUUUAAUACAAUAUACUCUAUCAACAAGCGAUUGUCUGAACUCGGGCACAGUUUCCUAUUUUUGGUCCGACGCCAUGGAUUCCGCCAGUCAAGACAUCAAUCUGAACUCUCCAAAUAAAGGCCUUGGCUCAGGCUGUCUAUCAGACAUGCCAGCAGAGAUCGGUGCGUCUGCUGAAAGUCCAGUAACACUUCCUCCAGGACUAACAGAGGAAGAGGCAGAAGAACUAAAGUCUGAACUCACCAAGGUGGAGGAUGAGAUUCAGACUCUGCGGCAAGUACUGAUGGCCAAAGAGCGCCAUGCAGCUGAACUGAAGCGCAAGCUCGGCCUCAGCCCUCUGACCGAACUAAAACAGAACAUCACCAAAGGCUGGCAGGACGUGCAGACCUCAAACGCAUACAAGAAGACUCAGGAAACACUGUCUCAGGCAGGACAGAAGACCUCAGCAGCCUUCUCCACCGUGGGCUCUGCUAUCAGUAGAAAACUAGGAGACAUGAGAGCGCUGCCUUUCUCUAACUCCUUUGGCAACUACUCCAUUCGUCAUUCGAUAAGUAUGCCAGCUAUGAGGAACUCGCCAACUUUCAAAUCAUUUGAGGACAAAGUUGGAAAUCUAAAGUCCAAGGUGGUUGGAGGGAGGGUCAACGGCGAUGGCCUUCAGUCUCCGACCGACUCGAACCCUGUGCAGGAGAACGCACCAUUCUGAGCCUCUACACUCCCAAACGAACACUCAUCUCAUAUCUUAGUGAAGCCUGACCUUCUACAGCUGCCAUCACUCUCUCUCUCCUUCUGUCUCUCUCUCUCUCUCUCUCUCAAUCUGCCUCUUUCUCUUCCUCCCUUCUCCAGCUCCUCUUUCCAUUUUGCUUGCAUGUGCUCGUCUCACCUCUCCACUCACACCACAGCUUACGUGACAUGGACUCAUCCACAAAGGAUUGUACAAAACAAAAGAAGGAAAAAAAAAGUUCCAACCAUUUUGUAUUCUAAAGUAUUUUACACUGCUUUGCAUAAUGUUUUUACAUAACGUAUAUCUAUAUAUAUAAAUAUAAAGAAUACAAAUAAUUAUAUUUAAACUUUACUGCCAAGCAGCAUUCAUCAGAAAGUGGAAAGGAGCAGAAACACGGAGAAAGGAGAGGGCUGCUGUUUGAAAUACUCACACAAGGGGAACGUGCUGCAGUUUUCUACGCUGCUCUUCAUUAAUUUGAGGACUUUUUUUACACCGAGUACAAUGUGAAGCGACGCUUUGCAGUACAUCUAGUGAAUGUCUAAUCCUUUGUCUGCCUUACACCAUCACUUCGUUUCUUUCUGUUGAUUUUUUUGCUGGUCAAAGCAAGGUGCGUUAAGGUUUUUCUCUCUUUCCCUGUCCUGUUAUUUUUUUUUGUUUUUCUUGUUUUCUUCUUCUUUGUUUUCAGAGUUGAUUUUGAGUAUCAUAUCUGUGGGCUUGGUUUGUUUACACCUUGUCCGUUAAUUAACGCCUCACCUUUGCUUUGUUCCAGUCCUUUGUGCCAGCAUACUGAGGCCAUUUCAAAGACCUUCUGCUGUUGAAACGGAGCUAUUUCUCCAACUCGCACUCACACUGAUUACUGUAUUCAAAAAGUCGCUCUUGCUUUAGCCUGCACUACCCCAAAGUGUAACACACUAACUGAGACAGUGGUGUCAAACUCCUUUUUUUUUUUUUUUUUGUUCAUUUACAUUCGACUGCAUAAAUGUGUAGUUUGUUUGAUAGCACAGUCACUUUGCAUUUCAAAACCAAUCAUUGGCCAAGUCUUUUUUUUUUGUGUCAGUUGUCAAUUGUUUUUAUUUUACAUUGUUUAUUGUAUUUCAUCAUAUCCUCUUUUUUUAAAGGUGUUACUAGGUUAAAUGAUUUCAGUAGAUGGCUACACAUUAUUAUCCUAGACUGAGCUAGAAUUUGAGGGAUUUAUUAUAUCUAUUUGAUAGAAAUAUGUACAGCUACGCUACCAGUAACACAGCAGGGGUUCUGGGAUUCAUCAUUGUCAUUCACUGGGUGGUUGACUCACAUUUCUGUUAUCAAGGAGUCAAAGGUGAAUACUUUUGAGCUGUUUUGUUUUGUUUUUGUUUUUUUGAGAGAGAAAAAAUAUAUUUCUGAAUCUGCAUUUGUGUAAAUGGUACCAGCUGUUGUAGAGUGCCUGAGCACAAUAAUAUAGCUUUAAAUCUGAGAUUGUAGCUCAGCUUUACAAAAUGAGAGGAUCUGGAGCUUUUUGGAGGAAUUUGGUGGAUUGCUCAUUUAUGUUAAUGCCAGCGUAUGUUCUGUUUAUCAAUAAAGCAUUCCUUCAAA